GGAUUGUUGUUGACGUUGAAAAAAAAACAUGAGUCUCACUUAUUAAGCUUUUCUCUCAAUUUAAAAAGAAACAACAACAAAGUUGAUCAAAACAUCAUCUAGCGGAGCUCGCGGCCAACAAAAAAAAAAUUAUAGCCUCUCUCCUUCUCUGUUCUCUUCUCUGAUUCUCUCCCUCUUGCUUACAAGUUACAGCAGCCUUCCUCUCUCCCUCUUCCAUAAUCGGAUUCACGACAAUCGCCUCUGCCUGACUGCUUUGUUCGCUGCAACUCUCAAAAGAUUAAUUAGCAUCGCGUAAUUGUGAACUACUUGAUUUGAGAAAAAUACAAGAACGGAAUGGAGAGGAGCGUUAGGGGAAAAUUGCAGCCUCAUGAAGCUAAUACUGUUGUGGUAAGAGGUAGGCAAGGGGAUUCAUCAGAGGCUGUGAUAAUUGGGGGUAUGGUGUUGGAUAUUCAUGCCACACCUUCAAUUCAUGCAAAUCCAGGAACUACCGCCCCUGGAAAGGUCUAUUAUGUGCAGGGUGGGGUGGCAAGGAAUGUAGCAGAGUGUAUGUCAAAGCUAGGAGCAAAGCCAUACAUGAUUAGUGCUCUUGGGUUUGACAUGCCUGGAAACCUACUGUUGGAACAGUGGAAAACUGCUGGCCUAUCAACAGAUGGUAUUUUGAAGAAUAAAGAUAUUGAUACUCCAGUUGUAUGCAAUAUAUUUGAUGUGAAUGGCGAGGUUGCUGCUGGUGUUGCUAGUGUGGAAGCUCUUGAAAAGUAUCUGACACCUGACUGGAUCUUACGCUUCAAGAACACAUUACUUUCUGCUCCAGUGUUGAUGGUUGAUGCAAAUUUGAGUGGUCCUUCCCUUGAAGCUUCUUGUAAAAUGGCGGCUGACAUGGGAUGCCCUGUCUGGUUUGAGCCAGUAUCAGUUACUAAAUCUCAAAGAAUCAGUUCCAUUGUCAAGUAUGUAACUUUUGCUUCUCCAAAUGAAGAUGAACUUAUUGCGAUGGCAAAUGCUUUAUCCGGCAGCGAUGAGUUCCAGCCACUUAAAGAAAACCAUAAAAAAAAUAACCUAUCAAUAGGAUCUUUGUUUCAAAUACUGAAACCAGCAGUCUUGGUUCUGCUAGAAAAAGGCAUUAAAGCGGUCCUAGUGACCUUAGGCUCAAAUGGAGUGUUUUUAUGCAGUAAUGGAAGUCCAAGUUGCUUUAAAGGUCCUGUAGGAAAAACGAAUCGGAGUGGUUUCGGUGAACAGUUAUACAAUGCUGUUAUGCAAAGUUGUACACCUAAUAGUUAUUCUGGUUUUUCAAAACUUGAUAAAAGUGACCGUCUCUUCGCCGUCCAUUUGCCGUCAGUCCCUGCUUCAGUUGUGAGGCUUACCGGAGCUGGUGAUUGCUUAGUUGGUGGAACACUCACAUCAAUUUGUGCAGGCUUAGAUAUUAUGCAAAGUGUGUCUGUUGGGAUUGCAGUGGCUAAAGCUGCUGUUGAGGUGGAGGCAAAUGUCCCUUCUGCUUUCAGUUUAGCUGCCAUUGCAGAUGAUGCCAAAUCUGUAUACUGUCGUGCCAAAAUGCUCUUCCAACAAUCAAUGCUGUAGAUUUCGAAUGAUGAACAUCACACUAACAACCUCCUUUGGUUGGGGCCUACAAAAAUGAUACAUCAUCCCAAGAAAUAACUAACUUUGGAAUUGAUAGAGUUUAACACACUGUCGUGUUUUACUACUCGAUUAUUUCACCAAUUUUUUUUUUUUUACAAUCAUUUCACUGAAAUGGAAUAAUGAAAUGUGCUCUUCUUUUUUUGUUAAUGGAAUGUGUUUUAUUACUAAGUA